CACGCGCCGCCGUCCUGCCUAGAUCAUACGCCAUUCUUGACGAAGUCAUUCUCGUACAAUACGAAAGCCUAAAACCAUGUCUGAUUUCAUUUCGCCAUUUACUGGUUUCAUCUCAAAUAAUUAAGAUGGAUGUGGAGGAAAGUCCUCAAUCGCCAAAGCAAUCACAACCAUCCCCUGUUGACGCGAAACCCAUUGAUCGGAGAUUCUCUGCUCUAGGAGACCUGUGGACUCUACCGGAUGAAAUUAUCUGCUCCAUUCUGACUUAUCUUUCUCCCCAAGACGUAGCUCGCCUUGCAUGUGUUAGCAGUGUAUUAUACAUUUUUUGCGAUGAGGAGCCCCUCUGGAAGAGCCUAUGCCUUGAGAAUAUCCAGCAUCCACUUCAGUAUAAAGGCUCCUGGAAGAAAACAGUAAUGGAUCAGAUGGACCUUCCAAUUGACAGUGAUAUACCCUGUCAGAAACCACUACACUUUGAUGGAUUUAGUUCUCUAUUCCUCUACAAGAGACUAUACCGGUGCUAUACUACUCUGAAUGAUUUUGGUUAUGAUAAUGGAAACGUGGGAAGGUCAACCAACCUCUCUUUGGAACAGUUUCAGGAUAAGUAUGACGGACAGAAACCGAAUUGAAAACAGGUUUUGAUUGCUGGAUUAGCCGAUUCUUGGCCCGCUAGGAAUGCAUGGACAACAGAGCAAUUACUGUUGAAGUAUGGAGAUACACCAUUUAGAAUAUCUCAAAGGAGCUCUAAGAAAAUUAUAAUGAAUCUUAAGGACUACGUGUCCUACAUGCAACUUCAGCAUGAUGAGGAUCCUUUGUAUAUAUUUGAUGAAAAGUUUGGGGAAGUUGCUCCUGGACUGUUGAAGGAUUAUAGUGUCCCACACCUCUUCUAUGAAGACUUUUUUGAUGUAUUGGAUAGGGACGAACGCCCCCCUUUUAGAUGGCUGAUUAUUGGACCAGAGAGGUCUGGUGCUUCUUGGCAUGUUGAUCCUGCACUUACCAGUGCUUGGAAUACUCUGCUUGGUGGACGUAAACGGUGGGCAUUGUAUCCUCCUGGAAGAGUGCCUUCAGGCGUGACAGUACAUGUAAAUGAAGAAGAUGGUGAUGUCAAUAUUGACAGUCCAUCUUCUUUGCAGUGGUGGCUGGACUAUUAUCCCCUUCUUGCGGAUGAGGACAAGCCGAUAGAAUGUACUCAACUCCCUGGCGAAACAAUAUUUGUACCAAGUGGGUGGUGGCAUUGUGUGCUAAAUUUGGAGACCACUAUAGCUGUUACACAGAAUUUUGUGAAUUCAAAAAACUUUGAAUUUGUGUGCCUGGAUAUGGCUCCUGGUUACAAACACAAAGGAGUCUGCCGUGCUGGAUUGCUUGCAUUAGAUGACAGCAGCUUUGAGGAUGUUAAAAAGAAUGUAUCGAGUCCGGAAAAUAGUUUUAGCUACUCGGACCUUACUAGAAAAGAGAAGAGGGCUAAAAUUCCCCCACAUGUUAUGGGAGGUUCACGAUGUGAAGCUUCUAGAGAUGGUGAUCCUGAAUUUAACGAGAACCGAAAUCUGAAAUUUUCUUAUGAUAUAAAUUUCUUAAGCAUGUUCUUAGAUAAAGAAAGGGACCACUAUAAUUCCUUAUGGUGCCCAAGUAACUGUAUUGGGCAACGAGAAAUGAGGGAAUGGUUAUCACGACUUUGGCAUCAAAGGCCAGUACUCAGGGACCUAAUUUGGAAGGGAGCCUGUAUUGCACUGAAUUCUAGCAGAUGGUUUGAAUGUGUGGAGGAAAUUUGUGUCUAUCAUGAGUUGCCCUUACCUGCAGAAAAUGAGAGGCUUCCCAUUGGGAAGGGUAGUAAUCCUGUUUAUCUUAUUUCCAAUAAUGUGAUAAAGAUAUUGGUUGAAGGAGGGACUGAAGCUUCGCUUCAUUCUUUCGGCACAGAGCUUGAGUUUUACAGUGUUCUGCAGAAAGUAAGCUCCCCUCUGAAAGAGCAUAUCCCUGAUGUUUUGGCCAGUGGAAUUGUCUAUAUUGAAAAUGGAUUAUGCAGAGUUAUGCCAUGGAAUGGAAAAGAUGUUUCUGAGGUGAUCUCUAAUUCUGUGUCAUUUCUUGGAGAACACCGAAAAGGAAAUUACCCAUAUGGAAUAUGGAGAAAAAUGCAAUUUGACUAUAGAAAUGUGGGAAUUUCUCCAUAUGAAUUGGUGACGAGUAACGAUGUAGAAGUAUGGCCAUAUGUGGUGACUCAAAGAUGCAGAGGAAAAACGUUAGCAGACCUAAGAGAAACCCUGUCAUGGGAAGAUACUUUGGACUUGGCCUCCUUCCUGGGAGAACAACUCAGGAACCUUCAUCUUGUGCCAUGCCCAUCUUUGAAUUACUCAACAUUGUUACAAAGCAAUCAAGAACCUAUGCUAAAUUUUAAUGGUAGUAUUCCAGUAGAGUGGGACCUGUUCCUCAAGAUACUGAACAAGAAAAAGGAAGAUGUCUCUAAUCGCUUAACCAAAUGGGGUGAUCCCAUUCCUGUUGAUCUGAUUGAAAAAGUCAGUGAGUACAUCCCGGACAACCUAGCAAAGCUCCUUUUUGUGUCUGAGGAUACCGCUGGAGUUCACAAAUCUUGCACCUGGAUACACUCAGAUAUAAUGGAUGACAAUAUCCACAUGGAAGAGUCUUGCGUUACCGCCUCUUGCUUAGCAGAGGAUGAUAGACCAAUUGACAAUGGCGAUGUCAUUGAUACUAGGAAAUGUUGUGAUAAAAAAAGCUCAUGGCGUGCAACCCACAUACUUGAUUUCAGUGGCUUGUCCAUAGGUGGUCCCCUUUUAGAUAUCAUUCCAAUUCAUCUGGAUGUGUUCAGAGGAGAUCCACGUCUGUUGAUUCAUUUUCUAGAAAGCUAUAAACUCCCAUUGUCACCAUGGCAAGAAAUCUCGAAAGGAUUAGCUGAUAACAACAACAGCAGAUGUGGACGGCUCUCUUAUCAUGCCAUGUGCUAUUGUAUCCUUCACGAUGAUAAUGUUUUGGGGGCAAUUUUCAGCAUUUGGAAAGAACUUAGGACAGCAAAGUCUUGGGAAGAAGUUGAGGAAACCGUAUGGGGAGAUCUAAACACCUAUACUCCCGCUGCCGCUUCCUAUUAGCUGCUUUUUAGCCACAACCAUCUUUUCCUGUACUUAUUCUUUCUGUUUGGGCUCCUGCUGUUUCACAUCUUUUACUAUACACAGAGUUGUGGCCUCACCUUUUGACGUCAACGGUGAAACCAUAGAAUACCAAAUUUUAUUAUAGAACCAUUGAAGGUGAGCCCCAUCUUUUGAAAGAAGAAUUAGUACCAGACUCCGUGAGUUUAAGAACUGACUACAAAAAUCUUGAAGCAACACUGUUGGUAUAGUUUGUGUGGAACCAGUCAUUCAUAAAUUGUAACCUUUGGAUAAAUUUUGGUGUUUGGACCUUGGACUUUAAUGGUGAAUGGGUUAUCACUUUAUUGCUUUUAAUCACAUUUUACCCCGAUACUAGAUAUUCUUGAAUCCAGUAAACGAAGACAUGUGCUUGUAAUCCUUGUAUCUUGAGCCAAUGUUGAUAUUAAAUACUAACAAUGCAUUUAUUAUA